AACAUUUAUAACGAAGAUGUUAAUUGAAGAACUUUACUCUCAAAAGUAUUUAAUUAAGAACGAUGUACAUAAAAGUAGAUGUACGAUCGUGAAGAUGUUACGAUCGUGAGAAUUAUGUAGUCACACUAAAGUAUAAUUAAAAGCUGCGCCAUCAAUCGCGAUACAAUUAAUUAUAACGUUGCUAACGUUGAGAUUCGAAUCUCGGCUAAGGUGAGAUGUUUUUCUCAAUAUUCUUUACAUUCUUUUUAAUGUUUUUAAGUAUUUGUUACCAUUAUAGUAUUAUUAAAUUGUUUAUCAAUUUAAUUUAUGACAUUACGUACUAGCUUCAGUUUAAAACUGCGUUUCAAGACCAACAAACAAUUGGCGCAGUUUUGAGAACUAGUAAUUGUAAAAUUUACACAAAAAUAUUAUUAGGCAUUAAGAUCCACCCUGACUGAAAAAAUGGUAUUCUUCUUCGCAUAUUUGUGUUGUGCACAUUAUCGGUUUUAAUUUCGCUUAUUAUUAUUAUUAUUAUUACUAAUAAAUUGAUUUUUUUAGGUUACGGAGCAAGAAAUAGAAGAUUCUAAAUUGAAUAUGGCAUCAUUUUUAAUUUUUAAACUUGUACGCUUUAAAUAGCUAUCUUCUCUCGUCUCCCUUUUGUCUUUUACUUUCUAUAUAUGCUGUUUUCUAUAUUUUGUACUCGUAUAUGCAUUAUGUACGCGCACAGUUGCAGAUUGCAUCUGCACACGUACACAUUGACGCGUGUGUAUACUCUUUUGAUAAGUGGCCACUCGACACCGUAUGAACGAGACGAAGACGUACCUUUCUAUUCGUGGCACAAUUUUCGGUGAUCGAUAUAUUGAGCGGCGUACCGGUGUCUUCAAAUUGCGUAGUAGUUAGCGCGCCCCUCUGUCAUGGACUUGUAGCAAAAGAGAAGACUUGAGCGGUGCAUUGUCUUCCUCCAAAUAUGAUACCAUUGUUAAUCUUAAUAUUUUUUAAAAAUUUAUUAACAUAUUCAGUAGUAAGUAUUUUUUAAUAUAAUUUAUUGUAGCCUAUGUUAGAAGGUUUUAGUAUGUUUUAUUCUCUUUGAUUAAUAUAAAGAUUUUUUCUUGGUAAAAAUAUCAAAGAAGGGUUCGUUUACUGCACUUUUCAAAUACAGUUCUAUAUCAUCAAUUUAAAAGUUUUUUGUUCCGAUUGACAAAUUUUUUUUUAAAUAUACUUGGAAAGAUUGAAAUUGUUAAGUGUAUAAGCGACGUGAUCAGAGAAAAUAAGAAAAAAUUGAAAAAAUUUGAAAAUCUCAAGAAUUUAACCCCAAAAUAAAAGAAAUGAAACAAAACUUGCCGAAUAAUUCAAGCGUGUUUCACGAUUGAAUUAUUCGGCAGGAGAAUUUACGAAUAUAAAUACGCCUCGAUGACAAAGCUGAUAUGCCGCAUUGAAGUAAAUUCGAGCGACGUAAACCAAUGACAUGGGUAUCCCGCGGGGAGGGGGAUACCAUUACUACCACUUUCUCAUGCCGAUCCUCGAGAUUCUAUCUACCGCCCGUACAUCGUUACCCCUUCUUUUACGUCAGUACUUGUUCCCUCUGUGUCUCUGUUAAAAAGUGGAGAAGGAGGUGGAAUUGGCGGCAGGAAGGUAUUCCCGCUGGUAUACAUCACCUUUAGCCACCACCACCACCACCACCACCACCGUCGCCACCACCACCGCCACCACCUGCACCACCUCCACGUCGUCGUGGAACUCGUCUAUGAGGAUUCGCAACGAUGAGGAUUCUGCAGAUUUAACAAAGUCGUUUCAAGAACUCAGUCGUCGACAGUCUGCCCGUUCUCGUAAAUUCGGGGCACCGGAAAGGUUGGGAAGCUUCAGCUCGCUCAACCGGUUUAACCACACCGGAAUUCCGCUUCCGGAUUACUUCAAGGCUUUUCCUAUUUCUUCUUUUUUUUCUUCUACUACGUCUCAAGUGUGAACCGUCUUUCUUUUUUUUUCCUUUUGGUGUGUUAUUUUAAUUUUUAUAAACGCGAAAAUGCGUUAACGCGAAAAUAUGUCGAUAGUGGAGACACACGGAGGUGGCAUGUCUUCCGCGAUGCUCUUGUCCGUCUUACUCUUUCUACUUCUCGGUCGUGCUGCAAAUGCUCAGAAAAGUUUAGAAUUUUUCGAUCUCCUACCCGAAGAUCCUAAAUUGUACGACAAAAUGCGACCUCCCAAGAAAGACGGCCAGGCAACCGUCGUGUAUUUUCAUGUUACUGUGAUGGGACUCGAUUCCAUCGAUGAAAAUUCAAUGACUUAUGCUGCCGAUAUUUUUUUUGCCCAAACGUGGAAAGACAAUAGACUUCGAUUGCCAGAAAAUAUGACAUCCGAGUAUAGAUUAUUAGAAAUCGAUUGGCUGAAAAACAUGUGGCGGCCGGAUUCCUUCUUUAAGAACGCAAAGUCGGUGACUUUUCAAACAAUGACGAUACCGAAUCAUUACCUAUGGCUGUAUAAGGACAAAACCAUUCUCUAUAUGGUGAAGUUGACUCUGAAACUUUCUUGCGCCAUGAAUUUUCUAAUUUAUCCUCACGAUACGCAAGAAUGUAAACUGCAAAUGGAAAGUCUAUCGCACACGACGGACGAAAUGAUUUUCCAAUGGGACCCCAAGGUUCCUCUCGUUGUAGACGAGAAUAUCGAAUUGCCCCAGCUACAGCUCGUUAAAAAUUAUACGGCCGACUGCUCGCAAGUCUAUUCUACUGGUAACUUUACUUGUCUCGAAGUCGUGUUCGUGCUGAAACGACGUCUCGGCUAUUAUCUGUUUCACACCUACGUACCGACAUGCUUGAUCGUUAUCAUGUCGUGGGUAUCGUUUUGGAUAAAACCUGAGAUCGCGCCUGCCCGAGUCACCCUGGGAGUCACCUCGUUGCUCACCCUCUCCACGCAACAUGCCAAGAGUCAGGCUUCUUUGCCGCCGGUUUCGUAUCUGAAAGCCGUCGACGCCUUCAUGUCGGUCUGCACGGUAUUCGUGUUCAUGGCGCUGAUGGAGUAUUGUCUGGUAAAUAUCGUCCUCGGAGAUUCGGAUACGCCUGCAGCGAAACCCGCACCGCCACCACCGCCGCCAUCCUCGAGCACAACGGAUUCGGCUAAGCUCGACAAGAUCUUUGACAUUACUGCCAAGGCACGGGAGACAGUCUGCAUGAUGCGACGGUUCAUUCGCUGUCACGCAAGAAGACGUAAUACUUAUUAUUAUCAUCCUGUCGAUCGCAGAAAUCAUCGAUUGCACCGCCACUCGGACCAACCCCGGCUCAAAGGGCACGAAUGCGGGCAUUGAACAUUGACCGCUUCUCGCGUGUCUUCUUCCCUUUCCUGUUUACCGUACUGAACGUCACUUAUUGGAUAAUGUUCGCCGAGUAUAUUUAAACAGUGACAUCGGAAACAAUGACCGUAAAAAUAUCGCGCAAUACUUUAAGAAGAGGAAGAGAAUGGAGAUGAAGAAGGAGACGAGCUCUGUGCGAGAAACAGAUACUUUUGGAACACGAUCAAAACACGUUGGGAGGGACGAAGAAAGUAGGAUUUUUUGGAAAAAAUCUGCGAUAAAUUUUUAUUGUAAUUAAUUUAUUUAUUAUCUUUAUUAUUAUAUAUGCGUCAAUCCGCGAACAAGGAUGGUGGAGAGAACUAGUUCGUAACUAAUAAAAUUUAGUGGAUAAUGCCCGAUCUUUUUAGAGCGUUAAUUUUUCUUUUACUAUUUUUUAAGAUAAAUCGAGAAUUUUACUUGGACAUUGCCUGUAGAGUGACAACUCGCAGUUUACUUUGACUACACACUUUUUUGUUCACUCGACAUUACAAUUAUUUGACAUAUGUAUGACAGACGUUGGAAUAAUUACAAUUUAUCAAUCAUGUAUACAUGGUGUUUUUACCGUGUUUAAAAGCGAAUUUACUGUCUUCUUUCCGAUCACCAAUUGAACGUUACAAUUAUAAUUAAUUAAGCGUGUAAAUCAUCAUAAAUUUUAUUGUCUAUUGUAAAAAGAAUAUUCUUGUUUAUGGAUAAACUUGUAAAACUUCCCCAAAAAUAAAUAAAAGAUUUCGCUUAAAUAGAACAGAAUGAUCAACGAUGUAUAGUAAGGGUGUACAUUAAUGAAUUUAGAAAAUGGCAUUGCAUUCAUUCAGCUUCAUAUAUCGCUUUGUUCAUUACAUGGAACUCAUAAUUCAAAAUUUGAAUAGAAAAUUUAUAAAUGUUAUCUGUCAUUCACAACUUUACAAUGUCUCUCUUGUAUGAAAUAAUAUAUCAAUUGAUUUAUAAAUAUUAUCCAAUCGUACUUUAAGUCAUCGAUUCAUCAUAAGUGACAAUGAAUAUUUCUUGACAUACCCCCAAGUCUGUAUAUCAUUCAAAAAUGUGUCUAAUAAAAAGCCAUCAACUAUU